AGGAGGGUUUCAUCAGGAUCUGGAUCAGAGGUGAUGAAGCACCUGGUCGAUGACAUCACAGCGUGACUGUGGCCACCAUGUCAUUUGUUUAUAUUUGCAUCCUGAGCGUCGUCGUCUCUGUUGUUGUUGACGACGGAGACAUCGAGACAUUUGAUCCCUUAAAGUAGAAGUUUUUUUUAUUUAUACUUUAUACAAGUCGUCUGUCUCUCAAUUCUGUCUGACUUCCUGUGUGACUUCCUGUGUGACUUCCUGUCUGACUUCCUGUCUGACUUCCUGCCUGACUUCCUGCCUGACUUCCUGCCUGACUUCCUGUCUGACUUCCUGUCUGAUAUCUGUAGUUUCUAUCAACCCAAUCAGGAGGUAGUGGGGAGGUCGUUGGGGACUAUUUUCAGCGGCGGAUGAAUCCUCAUGGUGUGUUUGAGUUUCUGUAGUUCCAACAGAGUGAGACCUCCUGAUUGUGUCCCUCGUAUCAGAUCAAUACUUUAAGCUGUUUAACCCUCAGACGUUGAUCGGUCCGCUCUGAUUGGACGGAGACGUCUGAGAGAUGAUUGACGAGCCGAUCAAUAACAGUAGAGUGUGUGUGUGUGUUUAAAGGCCUGAGGCUGGGGCGUUCGACAUAGACUGACAAAGAGAGACAAAGAGAGACAAAGAGAGACAAAGAGAGAGAGAGACAAUAGAAAGAAGGUGGAGUGGGCGGAGCCGAGCGAUGGCGGGCGCGUCGGUGAAGGUGGCGGUUCGAGUCCGCCCGUUCAACUCCAGAGAGACGGGACGCAACGCCAAGUGUGUCAUCCAGAUGCAGGGAAACACCACCUGUAUCUCCAACCCCAAACAGGUCAAAGAUGGAGCCAAGAACUUCACCUUCGACUACUCCUACUGGUCACACACAACGAAUGAGGACCCCGGCUUUGCAUGUCAGAGGCAGGUGUACAAGGACAUCGGAGAGGAGAUGCUGCUGCACGCCUUUGAAGGAUACAACGUGUGUAUUUUUGCAUACGGCCAGACGGGUGGAGGAAAGAGCUACACCAUGAUGGGCAAACAGGAGCCUGGACAGGAAGGCAUCAUACCACAGCUGUGUGAGGACCUGUUUCAGAGAACAGGAGAGAACUCUGAUCCUGACCUGACCUACUCCGUGGAGGUGUCCUACAUGGAGAUCUACUGUGAGCGGGUCCGGGAUCUGUUGAACCCAAAGUCCCAGGGGACUCUGCGGGUCCGGGAGCAUCCCAUCCUGGGUCCCUACGUGGAGGACCUGUCCAAACUGGCCGUGACCGGAUUCACCGACAUCCGGGACCUGAUGGACGCCGGCAACAAAGCUCGGACGGUCGCGGCCACAAACAUGAAUGAGACGUCGUCCAGGUCGCACGCCGUCUUCACCAUCGUCUUCACCCAAAAACGACGAGACCAGAUGACCAGCCUGGAUACCGAGAAGGUCAGCAAGAUCAGUCUGGUGGACCUAGCUGGAAGCGAGCGAGCAGACUCCUCGGGGGCGAGGGGCACCCGGCUUAAGGAAGGAGCGAACAUCAAUAAAUCUCUAACCACGUUGGGAAAAGUGAUCUCAGCUUUGGCUGAAAUGCAGAGCAAUAAGAAGAGGAAAAGUGACUUUAUUCCCUACAGAGACUCUGUUCUCACCUGGCUACUGAAGGAAAACCUGGGAGGAAACUCUCGGACGGCCAUGAUCGCUGCUCUGAGUCCUGCUGACAUCAACUAUGAAGAAACACUGAGCACCCUGAGGUACGCUGACCGGGCCAAACAGAUCCGCUGUAACGCCAUCAUCAACGAAGAUCCAAACGCCAAACUGAUCCGAGAGCUGAAGGACGAAGUGGAACGACUGAGGAACCUGCUGUUCUCCCAGGGCCUGCAGGAGCUGCUGGACAACGCUGUCAACAACAACAGCGUCCUCGGUGGCGUUCCAGGUGUGUCCCCGUCGCCGCUGCAGCUGGCUCUAACAGCCAAUGGGGUUCCACCUCAGAAUGGCUCCGCCCCUCCAGAUUUAAGCCGUCCUGCUUCCUCUGACCGUCUCGUUUCCUCUCCAGGUGGCGAGCCGGUGUCUGCGGGCAACGUACCCGCCGACCCCGACCACCUGAUGGAGGACGGAGAGGAGGAGGCGGUCGCCACGGAGACCAUCAGUAAAGAGGAGGCUGCUGAGAUGCUGCUGGAGACGGAGAAGAUCAUCGCUGAGCUCAACGAGACCUGGGAGGAGAAACUGAGGAAGACAGAGUCUAUUCGCCUGGAGAGAGAGUCCCUGCUGGCGGAGAUGGGCGUGUCCAUUAAAGAGGACGGAGGGACGCUAGGCGUCUUCUCUCCUAAAGGAACGCCUCACCUGGUGAACCUGAACGAGGACCCUCUGAUGUCCGAGUGUCUCCUCUACUACAUCAAGGAGGGAUUCACCAGGGUGGGACAGCAGGACGUGGACAUCAAGCUGUCGGGUCACUUCAUAAAGGAGAUCCACUGUGUGUUCGUCAGUGAGACCAACGAGCAGGGAGAAGUGGUGGUGACUCUGGAGCCGUUGGUGGGAGCGGAGACGUAUGUCAACGGGAAGGAGAUCGACGACGCCGUCGUCCUGAAACAAGGUAACCGCAUCGUGAUGGGGAAGAACCACGUGUUCCGGUUCAACCACCCGGAGCAGGCGAGGCUGGAGAGGGAGCGCAGCGUCACGGCCGACCAGCAGGGGGAGCCGGAGGACUGGAACUACGCCCAGAAGGAGCUGCUGGAGAAGCAGGGCAUCGACAUCAAGCUGGAGAUGGAGAAGAGACUGCAGGACAUGGAGAUUCAGUACCGGAGAGAGAAGGAGGAGGCUGACCUGCUGCUGGAGCAACACAGACUGUAUGCAGACAGCGACAGCGGAGAUGACUCAGACAAACGGUCCUGUGAGGAGAGCUGGAGGCUGAUCACCUCCCUCAGAGAGAAGCUGCCUGCUAACAAGGUGCAGUCCAUAGUGAAGCGUUGUGGUCUCCCCAGCAGUGGGAAGAGGAGAGAACCUCUGAGAGUCUAUCAGAUCCCUCAGAGGAGAAGAAUCAGCAAAGACCCCAAACGGGUCACCAUGGAGGACCUCCGCAUGCAGGCCGUCAAAGAGAUCUGCUACGAGGUGGCGCUGGGAGACUUCCGUCACUCCCGCCAGGAGAUCGAGGCGCUGUCCAUCGUCAAGAUGAAGGAGCUCAGCCGCAUGUACGCCAAGAAAGACCCCAACGAGAGGGAGAACUGGAGGGCUGUCGCCCAGGACGUCUGUGACACGGUGGGCAUCGGCGAGGAGAGGAGCCCCCCCACGGAGGAGGGGGGAGGAGGAGGGGGAGGAGGAGGAGGAGGAGGAGGAGGAGGAGAAGGAGGAGAGACCGGCGAGGGAGGAGUGAAGAAGGCAUACGACCUGAAGGCUCACAUCGAUAAACUGACUGACAUUCUGGAGGAAGUGAAGCUGCAGAACAACAUGAAGGACGAGGAGAUCAAGGCUCUGAGAGACAGGAUGAUCAAGAUGGAGAGCAUCAUACCUGUCCCGGACAACGACGUGAACGGCGAAGAAGAAGAAGAAGAAGAAGAAGAAGAAGAAGACGACGAAGAAGGCGGCGGGUCACCUCAGAGGGACGACGGCGAGGGCGUAGCCGACAAGCCCCCCCGCCAGCCGGAGGUCCGAGUGAAGCGUCUGAUGGACGAGGACCCGGCGUUCAGGAGAGGGCGCCUCCGCUGGCUCAAACAGGAACAGCAGCGCAUCCUGAACCUGCAGCAGCAGAACAUCACCAAGAAGCUGCGAGGCCUGAACCAGAACCAGGGUCAGAGCGUCCCCGUCGUCCCCGUCCACCUCCCCGGGACCGGACGCUUCAUCCCCCCCCAGGAGUGCAAGCUCAAGUUCCCCUUCAAGAGUAACCCUGCCCACCGGUUGUCAUGGGGACCAGCCAGCGCCGCCCUGUACGCUCUGGGUCUGGGGGAGGGGGGAGGAGAGUGGGGGGUGGAGCAGGAGGAAGAGCGAGGAGGAGGAGGAGGAGGCGAGGGGAAAGCUUCUCCGUCACCUCCCCCCCCUCAGGGUCCUGCUCUCUUGCCCCUCCCCUUCCAGGCUCCGCCCCCUCGCAUGCGCACCCCCAGCCCCCAUCGCGCCUGGCAACAGCGUAACCAAGGCAACCAGGGCGGCAUCUACUACCAUCCGCAGCAGCAGCAGCAGCAGCACGGCAACAACCAAAACCAGCAGCGCCGCUACCGACGCAACUCUCUGGACAGCUCCGCCCACGGCAACUAUGACGGCGACCAGCAUCACGGAGGCGGAGGCGGAGGCGGCGGCGGUGGUCACCAGGGGCGACCGAGACAGAGGAGGGGGGUGUCGCCAGGAGGAGAGAGAGGAGGCGGGAGAGGAGGAGGAGGAGGAGGAGGAGGAGGCAGAGACAGAGACAGAGACGGAGGCUUCUAUUAUAAUCACCAGCAGCACCAUCCGUUCCAGCACCACCCCUACUACAGCCCCCAUAAUGCACCAUUCCAGCCAGGACCUCACCCCAACUACCACAGCCUGCCGCGCCCCGGGGCCCCGCCCCCUCCCGUUGACAUGAUGCUGCCGCCGCCGGGGGGGGUGGGGCUUCAUCACGCCGCCCAGGAUGAGACGGCAGUUCAGCGCACCGGACCUCAAAAACAACAAGGAGACGCCCAUCUGACCUCUGACCUCCGACACCAGGGAGCUCUCUGAUUGGCUGCGGGACACACGGCGGUCCUGAUGCUGUAGAGUGUGUGUGUGUGUGCGUGUGCGUGUGUUUUACGAUACUGAGUCGGCCCGUCACACACAACCCUGCUGUGUGUGUGUGUGUGUGUGUGUGUAGCUAGCUCCUAGCGCUACGUUAGCACGCGUUAGCUGCUGUUGUCUUUUAGUCGUUUGUCAAACAGGAAGUUAACGUACAGAUGUACAUGAUGUCAUUGAUCGCUAAAAAGAUGCCUUAAGAAGCUGAAGGGUUAGCCCGUUGUGGCUAGCUCCAGUUAGCAGAAGUCUCCUGUUGUUUUUGAACUUAAAGGUGAAGUACGUUGGUUUGUUGUUCGAGUGUUUUAGCUCCUCGCUAUUAGCCGCCGUUAGCCCAGGAGGCUAACUGGCCGGGUUCAGCCUGAGAGGUCUGCGUUAACUCGGGCUAGUCUGUUAGCCUGCGCAGGGAGCAAAGAGUGGCUACUAUGUGGUGCACAGGGGGAAGUGUUAGCCUAGCCUAGCCUAGCCUAGCCUAGCCUAGCCUAGCCUAGCCAGCAUUCAUGUUGAAUGGGAUUUACAGUUUGUGCGACUUCAGCAACACGGAAGUGUUAGACACGAUGAACACUACGAUUAUUUCAGAUUAAACAGUAAAGUCUGCUGAUAGAAACUCUGAAUGACCUCAAACGCCUCACUUUCACUUCACACAUCUCAACACUGACGUGUCUGUGAUGUCAUAUCCUCUCAACAGAGACCGCCAUAACGUGACUAAUCAACGAUAUCAAAACGCAAAACACUAC